AUGCCUCGGAAAGCUCAAAAGAAGCAAACGCGACUCGCCUUUGCUACCGCACCCGCCGCACCAUCUGGAGACGACAACGAAGAUGAUGGGGAACGCUUUCGAACUCUCUCUUAUGGGCAUCCAAGUCUAGCUUCUGUCCGUCCGGAAAGGUCCAGCAAAAGCAAGCCAGAAUCUCCGAAGAAGAGAUCUUCCAAACCAUCCAAACGAGACAAGCGCCCCAAUUUACACAAAGAAGCCGAGGAGGAAGCUCCAAAGGGCCUGAAUCAAGACAGCUCUCAACCACCGUUACUAAACCUGGACGAGUCCUCCGAUGACGAAAUAAUUCUUCCCAGCGCCCAGAAAAGAAAAAGAAGUGCCCCGGUCGUUGAAAUCAUCAAUUCCAAAGAGUAUAAGAAGAAAUCCCAAAGUCGCGCGACUUCAUCUGCCCAGCCCCCCGACCCAAUAGAAACACCUCGCCCACGUCGCAAGCUGAAGCGAAAGGCAGAGAGCUCGCCAGUUACAAAUCUCGACUCGGAAGAUUCAGAAGAGCCCGUGUUGUCUUCACCCAUCAAGCGAAAGAGAUUGGUCGCAGGCCCGAAGACACCUGAGACGCCUCGUGACAGUAGUGACCAGGAUCAGUUGGACAUUGAGGAGGACGUGAGGGAUCUCCAGGACUCAGUGGUCAAGAAGACCCGAACCCGAGACCGAGGCCGAAUCCCUGAAUCAGCACGAGAUAAGAGAUUUAAAGCCCUUGAAGCUAUCCGCCGCAAGCGAUUGGGAUUGAAACCAAAAAGCGAAGACGAGCCCGAAAUGGUCACUGACAGGGAAGGAGUUGAAGAUGGCUCGAGCGAGCAAGGUUCGGAUGAAGACGAAGACAACAAUAGCGACGUUGAACCAGCUCCGAGCAACGAAGAUCUCGACCGUUAUGAAGACGACUUUGUCCUCGACGACGAUAGUGUGCUACUGGGCGUCCCAACUGAAGAGAUUCCCCUCGAAUUCACCCGCCACGCCUACAAGAAACCCAAGGACUACUUCCGCGAUGUGGUCGGCUGGAUGGUCCUCAACCGUCUUGACCCAGCGUUCCCGCGAUCUGAUGCAAUGUACGAGAUGGCAUUCAUGAAGCUAGAGGACGAAGUCAGGGGACGAGCAGGUUCCCAAUUAAUCUCCUCAGUCUGGAACCCGGAUUUCCGGUAUUCGCUACUAGCCCGUCCGCACAUCGAGAUCACAUCCUAUCCCACAUUCGAUAAUCACUCGUGCGAUGCUUGCAAUCGAUCUGGCCACCCAGCAUCAACCGAUAUGAAAUUGUAUGGCAAGCCAUACUCUCUCGAAACCCUUGAACCACUCAACGACAGCGAAGCUAGCGACUCAGAUGAAGAGGAGAGCAAAUUGUCCGGCGUAGAUCGUGAUCGACAAGGGCAUGCAUUGCCAGAUGAACGUUCGAGAUUUCUUUUGGGCCGACAAUGUGCAACGAGAUCGCGACUAGCACAUACCCUGACUCAUUGGCGUUUCCACCUUAACGAAUGGGUCGUGGAUUACCUCGACCGGAUGGGCCAAAUGGCCGAUUCCGAGAUCCUGCGUCGUAACGGUCUGAGCCAGAAGCGGAAGACUCGAAAUGCGAUCGCGGUCCUUGAUGGGAUGGUGGCGACCGGAGAAGUCGAGAAGCUUUGGCGGGACUUCCAUACGAAUCUGAAGGCUGCCCGAGAGACGUCUGUCUUGUGA